GUGCGCCGUCUCUCAUUGCUAGCUGUCGGGUAACCAUGACAACGGACGCAGCUACAGGGUUAAAGUUGAUUUAAAAAAAAUCUGUCUGUGAAACAGACAGGUCUAUAGACAUUCUACCGGAGUAUAAAUUAAAUGUAGUUUUGACUAGCGACACUUGUCGCAUUCAAGUUGUCUACAGACAUGUCGCUAAACAAAGUCUAAACCAGCCUUUAGGGUAGGGACGUCUCAAGGAUCCCGAAUUGCAUUAAGCUCUCUAUGCGCGUUAUUAUUUGGGUCAUUGAGCGAUUGGCAACUGUGUAACAGCUUUUUCCCCACACAGACUGCCUCACCUCACUCAUGAGUCUACCGGCCGCCCCGCCCAGUUACGCUGAAGCCAUGGCAGGGGACAAGGAGCAGACGUACGGUGGAGUGAUGGUUGCAAUGCCCCCCUACAGUGACAACCUGCCCCCCAUGCCCCCUCCACCGGUGCCCAUCCACACCAGCUGGGCCUACGUGCACCCCAGUCCCAGCCCGGGCUACACCAACCCCUACACUUCCGACAUGUCCUCUCCCUUCUCCGACCCCAGCACCAGCGACAGCUUGGAUGGAAGCAACUGGGAGGAUAAGAAUAUCCGACGCAUGUUCAUUCGCAAGGUUUUCUCCAUCCUCAUGGUCCAACUGUUGGUGACCUUUGGUAUCGUGGCUCUCUUCACAUUUUGUGAACCAGUCCGGCAGUUUGUGCAGUACAAUCGAAUCCUCUACCUUGCCUCAUACAUCACCUUCAUGGGGGCAUACCUGGUACUAGUGUGCAGCACAAGUGCCCGGCGACAGUAUCCCACCAACCUCAUUCUCUUGGGGAUAUUUACUUUGGCAAUGUCUUACAUGGCAGGAAUGCUGGCUAGCUACCACAACACUAAAGUGGUGAUGCUGUGUGUGGGCAUCACCGCCAUGGUGUGUCUGUUCAUCACGCUCUUCUGUUUCCAGACCAAGGUUGAUUUUACGUCGUGUCACGGUCUGCUCUUCUCUCUCAUGAUGGUGCUGAUGGUGACGGGACUGUUGCUCCUCUUCACCGCACCCUUCGGAUAUAUACCUUGGUUGCAGACAGCGUAUGCUGGACUGGGUGCCCUUGUCUUCACGUUGUUCUUGGCCUUUGACGUGCAGCUGCUGAUGGGCAACCGGAGGUACUCCCUGAGUCCGGAGGAGCACGUGUUCGGAGCGAUGUGUCUUUACAUGGAUGUGGUCUACAUCUUCUUCUUCCUCCUACAGCUGUUUGGGAGUCAGGAGUGAAGUCACACCACCUUGUAGUCACGUUCAAUAGCCCUCCCCUACCCCUACCCCACCCUCGCUGAGUUUACUUUAUUGGGAUCCCGUUUAGCUAGUGCACAGGCAGCAAAUACUAUUCCUGGGGUCCACAUAAAAUGUACAAAUACAUUACAAAGUACAGAGCAGUAAUAAACAAGAAUAAGAUAUUACAUUAAAUUCAAAAUAACAAUGAAAUAAGAGGCGUGUGUGUGUGUGUAAGACACCAAGACACAACAAAAGUACUAUUCACACGUCAUAUAUUCAUAUUCUUAUAUACAGUAAAGUUAGAUUAGCUCUAUAGAAAGAGGAGAGGUGAUUUUUUUUUUAAGCUAUACUUGCUUUUUGCCUGAGAAACCUCUGGUGGCAGAGUAUUCCGCAAUGACAUGGCUCUUUACAGAACAGGAUAGCCACACCACCGUGUCACGUUCAAUAGCCCCCCUUACUCUCUCUGCCUCCUCAAGUGCACACAGCUGCUCUGAUAUCCUUAAGCACGUACUUCUGUUUGGUUACGCGCGUACAAACAAGCACACACACAUUUGAGAAUAGAUACAAAUACAUACCGGCACAUAUUUGUAAUCUGACGCAAAUAUACACCCGCAGUACACUCACACACCCACGAUAUACUAACACACCCACUCUGAGGUAUCUUAUAAAAGCAUAGUUUGCUUAUAUUUUUCCUCUCCCUGAAUGUUGACACACAACUUAAUUCAGUUUUUUUGUAUAUAUAUAUAUAUAUAUAUAUAAUUUGAAGGGUGUGUGUGAGCAACUGCUGGGAUGUCAGUUCUGUCUGCACAGGCAGGCUCCUAUCUCUAGGGGGCACUUCAGCCCUUGCCAAUCUCUGGAGUGUUGCUAGUUUUGGGCCUGUGUAGGGGUUAGAACCAAUCUAGGGGAGUGUUGUUGUUCGGCAGUGUAAGGUAAACUGAUCUUCAGGGCUGGCGUCAAUUUGAAUUGAAGGCGGUCAAUUGGAAUUGUAGGUGGUCAAUUCAGAAAGUAAAUUUGAAUAACAAUUUUAAACUAUUUUCAUUUUUCAAUAAACUGAGGAGUAGAAGCUAUUUAUUUCUAGUGUUUUUUUUAUUUUAUGUCCUGAAUUGACUGCCUUCAAUUAAAAUUGACCACAGCCCCUGCUGGAUGUUGGAUCUCAGAUCUGCCCUACGUCUCCCAUGUUACUAUUAGGACGUGACCAGGCAGUUGACGAAUCACAAUGAGACAGCAAAAGAAUAAGCUGACCAGUGUGCUGUUGGUGGACAAUCAGUUUGUUGGGACAGAUAUGAGAACGGGUUAAUUGCAACCACGUUUAUUCAGGGUGACUUGUGGUUGACCAGUUAAAUGGACACUGGUUGAUUCCCCUGGUAGGACUUACACUUUUCUUGUCUUUGUUAUAUUGGAAUAUAUAUAUAUUACAGUUGACAAAUCAGACUUAUUGCUUUUGUUUAAACAAUUACUUUAAACAGUUUCAGUCACUGUCUGGUGAAUCCAACAGUAUUUCAAGAUUACAUUUAUGCCCUUAAAAUCACAUUUAUAGACAUUGACUUAACCAAGCCAACAUUUGACCCAGAUUUAGGCACAUCUGGAUUUUCUCAUAUGGGUCUGUGAAACAUCAUCCAAGCCAAUGAAGUUGAAGGAUAAAAGUGGCGCUUGUAGUCCUUAGUGCAAUAAUUUGUCUUUGGCUAGGUUGCGAUUCUCUAGCCUCGUAUUACCAAACUGAUUACCGCUGCGGAAUCCGUGUAGCGAAACAGAAUGUAAGCUUACGAGACUUCCGGAUGGUUGUACGAGGUUACCGAUUCUCUACCCUUCUGUUGUACAACCUUCUGGUGUUCAAAGUUACCGAUUCUCUACCCUUUUCCAGAAGUGUGCACUCGUUCAUCCCGCCUCAUGCAAUUUAAAAGUAUUGGAUUGGUGCAACAUAGCUGGAGGGUGUUUUCACCGUGUUGCUGACACCAGUCCAUCCUUUUAAAUGAGGGGGGGGGGGGGGUUGCACACUUUGGAAGAAGGUUAAAGAAAAAUAAUGUAGCUCUUGACUGUGGAAUGCAUUUUAGGGGGCAAGUUUUGUUUCUUUGUUACAUUUAACUAAUUUCCUCUACUUUGAAGUUACGUGCCCGUGUUACGAGGUUGUCAGGGCAGAUUUCAAGUUAUACUAUGCCUUGGACUGAACUGACAGAUUUUUGUUUUUGCUCUCAAAGGUGUUUUUAAAUAGAGUAGUCGUGUGUCUCUUCAAAUAUGUAUGAACCCAACUCGGAUGUAGAACUUGUAUAGAGGCAUGUUUUGAGGUUGUUUUAGUUAAACUGUGAAGUAAGAGAUUUUCGAUUCUCUACCCUUUUCCAGAAGUGUGCACUCGUUCAUCCCGCCUCAAUCUUCAGUUGUCAUUAGCUGACAUUUGACAUGUUAUAUAUAUGUCAGGGGUGUUCGACGUAGGCUUUAAACCGUAUUAGACACGCUUAGAACAUUCCACUUUUUUAUUUUUUAUUGUUGUUGCAUUUAUUACCUAGAAUAAACAAAAAUGUCAUUUUUUAGAUGACCUGUAGUACACCUUAAUUAUGGCAAAGGCUGGGCUCGUUCUGUUAGGCUGUAUAGGUGCACUUUUUAGUGUGGUCUCUUUUCACAAUGAAACUGCCUAGUGCCUACAAUAUAAUUUGCACUAAGUGAUCGCUAUAGAAUCUCCAUAACAUUUGUAGCACUUUGUGUAUUUUAAAAGCCAAUUAUUUUUUGUGAAAAGUGCCAAUCCGGCACAUUAACUUUGUAUUACUGAACAAAAAUAUAAACCGGUCCAUUUCUAUGAUUUUACAGUUCAAAUAAUGACAUCAGUCAAUUGUAAUAAAUAAAUUAGGCCCUAAUCUAUGGAUUUCACAUGACUGGGCAGGGGUGCAGCCAUGAGUGGGCCUGGGAGGGCAUAGACACCCACUUGGGAGCCAGGCACAGCCAAUCAGAAAUGAGUCUUUCCCCAUAAAAGGGAUUUAUUACAGACAGAAAUAGCCCUCAAUUUCAUCAACUGUCCGGGUGGCUAAUCUCAGACGAUCCCGCUGGUGAGGAAGCCAGAUGUGGAGGUCCUGGGCUGGCGUGGUUACAAGAGGGCUGCGUUUGGCAGGCCGGUUAGACGUACUGCCAAAUUGUCUUAUGGUAGAGAAAUGUACAUAACAUUUUCUGUCAACAGCUCUGGUGGACAUUCCUGCAGUCAGCAUGCCAAUUGCAUGCUCCCUCAACUUGAGACAUCUGUGGCAUUGUGUUGUUUGACUAAACUGCAGAGUGGCCUUUUAUUGUCCCCAGCAUAAGUUGCACCUAUGUAAUGAUCAUGCUGUUUAAUCAGCUUCUUGAUAUGUCACACCUGUCUGGUGGAUGGAAUAUCUUAGCAAAGGAGAAAUGAUCACCAACAGGGAUGUAAUCACAUUUGUGCACACAAUUUGAAAGAAAUAAGCUUUUUGUGUGUAUGGAAAAUGUCUGGGAUCUUUUAUUUCAGCUCAUGAAACAUGGGACCAACACUUUACAUGUUGCGUUUUAUAUUUUCGUUCAGUAUAAUUAAAGUUGGGGUCACACCUUUUAAUGAAUUGCACGUCAAAAAGCCUGCAUGAUCCUUUGAUAAAGCCUUCACAAACAUGGCAUACAUCAGGUUUAUAAAUUAUUUACGAACUUGUUUAAAACAUGUGUAACUGAAACACCUCACAAGGUGUUACGCCACCUAAUAAUAGUUUAUGGAUGAUUUAUAAAGCCUUCAUGUCUUGUGACAGAAACGGUGGGACUGCAGACUUUUGGGUGAUCCAAAAUUGUAACAUUCAGGUUUAAGCUUAUUUUUUAAGCAAACAUUUCUGGGUGGUUGAUACCGACUACAAUAAAUCCUUGAUUUUGUUAAUAUUGACAAAAUAAGGAAAGGUUUUUAGAAAACAAUAUGUAAAUACUUUCUUAAUUAUGUGAAAUAGAUAUUUAUGUGAGUAGUUAAAGUAAUUUAUUAUUUAGCCUACCCUUGUUAAAAAGGAGUUGUAUUAUUUGACUUAUUCUUGUUCACCAGCCAGUCUAGAGGCCUGGUAAGCAUGCCUUUUUAAAACCUCAUAGGUAAAUGUUCAUGUACAUGUCUAAGUACUACUCCUGUUCCUACUUAUUCUUGUAUAUUACUUGGAAUUUUUCAUAGAUGUCACCAGUUUGAGUAAACCGUUUUAACCAUUAAUCAAGAGAAUGGCGGUAGACUCUUAUGUAUGAGUAAUUGCUCCUGUAAGUUGCUCUGCAUCUGAAGCAUCUGCUAAAUGACUAAAAUGUAAAUCUAUGUAUUCUGUAUGGUAAUACACGUUUGACUCUUUUGAUAUCUUUUUUAAUUUUACUUAAUUCACUCUGGGUCAUAACUCUGAUGGAUCAAUGCUGUUCUUACUACUUUCCCCCCACUAAAUCAGUAUUAUUUUACAAAGAAAAUGAAAGACAAUAUUUGACAUUAGUGUGAUGCACCAAUACUCAAUUAGAGUGGGCUGACAUGAACCAACAGAAUUUUUAUGGUACAUUUAAUCUUUUGACCUUAUAUUACACUUAAAUCAUGCACAUUUCUAGCCUAGCUAUUAAAACCAGACUGACCACUGCUCUCACGUGCAAGGACGGAUAAUAUUGUGUAUUUUUCUGUUUCUGUUCUUGGAACAAACCUGCUCAAUGGUGUAUGCCCCUCCCUUUCUACUGUAACUAGAACAAUGGUUCGACCCACAAUGUGUCUUCGGGAUCAUCAUCUUCUUUUUAAACUUAAGUGGUGUGAUGUACUUGAUGUGUGUGCGUAAUUUGGUCCCAUAUUUUGUGCUUCUUGAGGUCGGACCCUAUCUCUUGACUAGCCUGCAUGCAGUGACAGUGGUUAAGUAGAGCAUGACCCUCUUAAAUACCUACCGUAAGUUGAAACAAAACAAUUUGAUGACAGCUCAAUUAGUUUGGAAUCCUUCCCUGUUUGUUGAAGUAAAAGAUGUUGCUUGAAA